UGCGUUGCGCACGCUAGUUAAGUGCUGUGCAUGCGUCUUGUUCGUCUGCUGCUUGCCUACACCCAUUGCUCGCUCACUGACCGCCGCCAUCGACCAUGCCGGCGCGUGCCACCACCGCUCUCACCCUUCGACCUCCCGAUUGAACUCUCUCGCCCGUUUCCUAGCCGUGCUGUCACAGCCCGUGCCCUCACCACAGUCGCUACAUACCCCUCCGCAUCUCUCCUCCAUACCUCGACGGUGGAGCAGCAUUACGGCCGUGGCGCGGGGCGGAACCGGCUGCUGGAUUGUGCUCUUUCAUUCAUUGCCCCUCCGCCGACGACAUCGCCCACCAGCGCCCUUUGAGCCUCCUCCUCCAACCACCCAGCAUGGCUGACCCUUCGCGGCCCUGGGUGUCGAAUCCUACGGCCCAGGCCAUCUUGGACUACCUGCAGAUCGCAUAUCCCAUCACCUUGCUGGUGCUCUAUCUGACCACCUUCACCGUCCGCAGCAUCGUCACUGCCCGCAGCGACAGCGACACCCUCCCCUCGCAACGCCCGGAGCAGCUGGGGCCUGGUGGCAAGCCGCUGCCCAGGAAGAAGAACAACGCUGUCAAGAAAGAGUCGGACAUUUCACCGGACCUCGACUUUGCGCGGCCACGCAAACUACUGUUCGAAUGGCUGUCGGUGGGCGUCAUCUUCUCGCUGAGCGCCAACAUCCUCGUGGUCAUCGUCCACGCCAUAUCCGCAAGAGAUGAGGGCUGGUGGUGCGGUCAGGCACCCACGAUCUAUCUGGUGGGGUCUUUCAUGGUCUACAUCCUACUCGUCAUUCACAUGAUCGACUCCAAGCCAUCGCCCACCAUUGCCCAUUUCCUAACAUGGGCCGCCGCGUUGCUGAUGGAGCUCGUCUUACUGGGAGCCUCCUUCGCCGCAUACACUUCCGAGCACCGCGAACCGAAGCCCGGUCAUCGCCACGGUGGCGAAUUCCGGAGAGGCAUGUCGGAAUGGGAAGUCACCGAAGUGACCAUCGACAUCGUCCGCGUCUUCAUCCUUCUGGCCCUCUUGGCAUUCUACACUCUCUUCGUCUUCUUACAUGAUGUGUGGAAGCGAAAGCCCCAGUCAGAGCACGUGCUCAAUACCGAGGAGACCACUGCCCUCCUGUCCAAUGGUCAUGCGGAGAACGGCGCAGCCAAUGGUACUGCACACGCGUACGGUUCCACAAAUGGCAAAGCGCACGGGCCUGCCGGCUAUGGACAUGGACGCAGUGGUCACCACGAGGAAGCACCGGCGGGCUGGGAGAAGCCAAAGCAGACGCCGACACGUAGCUGGUGGGAGUACCUUCGAGCAUAUGCAGUGUUCUUGCCAUACAUCUGGCCAGCCAAGGAUCGGGCACUGCAGCUCAACUUUGUCAUCUGCUUCGUGAUUGUGUUCCUCCAGCGUGGUAUCCAGAUUCUGGUUCCCAUCCAGCUGGGUAACAUCACUGAUAUCCUGGCCGGAGACAACAUCUACAUGCCAUGGCUUGCAAUUGGUCUGUACAUCAUUUACCGCCUGUUCCAAGGCUCCAACGGACUGCUGGGAGCUGCGAGACAAGUCUUGUGGAUCCCCAUCGAGCAGUACUCGUACCGUGAGCUCUCGGUGGCAGCGUUCGAGCAUGUCCACCACCUCAGCCUGGACUUCCACCUGGGCAAGAAAACCGGCGAAGUGCUCUCUGCAUUGGGCAAGGGCGCGUCGCUGAACACGUUCCUUGAGUCCGUGACAUUCAACGUGCUUCCCAUGCUCAUCGAUCUGGGCGCUGCUUUUGUGGUAUUCCUCGUCAAGUUCGAUGCCUAUUAUGCAUUGGUGAUUGUCGUGGUUACUUUCUGGUACAUCUACAUCACCAUCCGCAUGGCAGCGUGGCGAGCAGAAAUCCGCCGACAAGCCACGAAUGCAAGUCGGGAAGAGGACGCUGUCAAGAACGACUCCAUGAUGUCGUACGAGACGGUCAAGUACUUCAACGCGGAAGCGUAUGAGUUCAACCGCUAUCGCGAUGCCGUGAAGAAGUAUCAAAAGGCUGAGUACCAGGUCACUUUCUCGCUCGCGCUCAUGAACACGAUCCAAAACUUGGUUUUCAUGUUUGGACUGAUUGUGGCCAGCUUCAUAGCAGCAUACCAAGUCACCUCGGGAAUACUCAAAGUGGGCAAAUUUGUCCUGCUGGUAACGUACAUGACACAGCUGCAAGGGCCUUUGAACUUCUUUGGCACAUUUUACCGGAUGAUUCAGAACAACAUGAUCAACUCGGAGCGCAUGUUGGAGCUCUUCAAGGAGCAGCCGACCGUAGUGGACAGCCCGGAAGCCGAGACGAUGCCUUCUUGCGAAGGUGAGAUUCGAUACGACGAUGUACACUUUACCUACGAUCAGCGAAAACCUGCGUUGCAAGGACUUAGCUUUACCUGCAAGCCAGGCACCACAACCGCAUUGGUCGGCGAAUCUGGAGGUGGCAAGUCCACAGUUUUCCGCCUUCUGUUCCGUUUCUACAACACGCAACAAGGAACGAUUCAGGUGGAUGGCAGGGAUGUGCAGGGUAUUACUAUUGACAGCUUGAGGAAACACAUUGGUGUAGUACCGCAGGACACGGUCCUCUUCAACGAGACGCUCAUGUACAACCUCAAGUAUGCCAGGCAGGAUGCCACAGACGAAGAAGUCUACGAAGCGUGCCGAGCAGCGAGUAUACACGACAAGAUCAUGGGAUUCCCGGAUCAAUACGACACGAAAGUGGGUGAGCGCGGGUUACGACUUUCUGGUGGCGAGAAACAGCGAGUUGCGAUUGCUCGCACUAUCAUCAAGAACCCCCGCAUUAUCCUGCUGGAUGAAGCCACUGCAGCGCUGGAUACCGAGACGGAGGAGCAUAUCCAAGAAGCUCUCAACACCUUGGCGCAAGGCCGAACCAUGCUGGUCAUUGCUCACCGGCUAAGCACAAUCACCAUGUGUGACCAAAUUCUGGUUCUGCAUCAAGGCAAGGUUGCAGAGCGAGGGACCCAUCACGAACUGCUCGCACAGCGAGGUCGUUAUGCGAGCAUGUGGAGGAAACAAGUCCGAGCGCAACGCGCCGCAGAGGAGGCCAAGGUUCUCAAGGAGAAAGCUGACAGGCUUCGACGAGAGAGCAUGGACAGUAGCGCGGCCCGUCUCCGGAUUGGCCAGGAUGAGGACACACCGCCCAGCAGCGACGAGGAGGAACACGCACGCAACAAGCAGGCGGCACCUGAAAGCGACUUCCAGAGUGCGCUUUCGUUAUCGCCGAGGGCUGCGGUCCCCCACGCGCAAAUAUCUACAGUGUUGGGUGGAGGGAAAGAUCCUGGUACCGAUGUCAAGCCACAGCUGGAAGCGUUGCGAAGUGGUACAGUGCGAUCACCAUCGCCUGUGGUAGAAGAGGAACAUCACCAUCACCAACACCAUCCCGGGAAACCUGCAGGACACCCUUAGAGGAGGAAGAUGAGUACGAGCGGCAAGGUGCUUGACGAUGAGUGAUCGAUAUGGAGCAGGUGGCGAAUGUCAGGCGAUUAGUUCGCCGGCAGAGUGUUGGAAAGUAAUGAAGGAAAUUACACCCUGCUCGGAGCAAGAAAUUGCUGCUGCUUGCAUACACUCAGCGGCGCAAGCAUUAUAGAUGGAUGGGAAUCGACGUAGUGCGCCAACGUUCCAGCCUUGGUGUUCACUACAUGGUGGAGAGGCGAAGAAGAAGGGCGACGAUGGACGAAAAGUAUUAUGAUUACUUUUUAAUCGUAUUGUUGAAACACCUAUCAACUAUCAACCUACUGAAUCCAGUGACUCCAGACCUGUCAAUUUUACACAGCCAAGAAUUCCGCUCGGCUACGUGCUUACCCAG